CACACUCUGCUUGCAGAAAUACUUAUCAGGGCUUUAAUGGAAUGGAUCGUGAUUAUGGCCCUGGAUCUUAUGGAGGGAUGGAUCGUGACUAUGGCCAUGGAUCCUAUGGAGGUCAAAGAUCCAUGGACUCCUACCUAAACCAGUCAUAUGGCAUGGACAAUCACGGUGGUGGUGGUGGGGGUAACAGGUUUGGACCUUAUGAGUCUUACGACUCCAGGUCUUCUCUGGGUGGGCGAGAUCUGUACAGAUCUGGCUAUGGUUAUAAUGAACCCGAACAAAGCCGCUUCGGAGGUAGUUAUGGUGGUCGAUAUGAGAGCUCCUACCGGAAUAGCCUUGACUCUUUCGGAGGUAGAAACCAGGGCGGGUCUAGCUGGGAAGCACCUUACUCCCGUUCAAAAUUGAGGCCUGGGUUUAUGGAGGACAGAGGAAGAGAGAAUUACUCUUCCUACAGCAGUUUUUCUUCACCCCAUAUGAAGCCUGCGCCUGUAGGCUCUCGGGGGAGAGGAACGCCUGCUUAUCCUGAAAAUACGUUUGGAAGCAGAAACUAUGAUGCUUUUGGAGGACCAUCAACAGGCAGAGGCCGAGGCCGAGGACAUAUGGGAGAUUUUGGAAACGUUCAUAGACCUGGAAUUGUUAUUGACUAUCAAAACAAACCCACCAAUGCGGCAGUUGCUGCUGCAAGAGGAAUAAAGAGAAAAAUAAUGCAGCCCUUUAAUAAGCCCGGCGGAACCUUUAUUAAGAAGCCCAAGCUAACAAAACCUGCAGAAAAAAGCCUCAGCAAAUCACCAACAAAAACUGAUUCUAAAGUAGAGGAAAAAGAAAAACGACGAAUUGAGGCUCGGCGUGAGAAACAAAGACGCAGAAGAGAAAAAAAUAAUGAGAAAUAUGGAGAUGGAUACAGAACGGCAUUCACAUGUUCAUUCUGUAAAUUUCGAACAUUUGAAGAAAAAGAUAUUGAACUGCAUCUGGAAAGUUCUUCACACCAGGCAACAUUAGAUCAUAUUCAGAAACAAACCAAAUUUGAUAAAGUAGUUAUGGAGUUUUUACAUGAAUGUAUGGUGAAUAAAUACAAGAGAACAUGUGUUCGUAAACAGCAGACAAAUAGUCUAGCAGAAGCAGGCAAAAUAAUUGACAAAGAUGCUAUGGAAGGUGUUACUGCAGAUGAUCACAUGAUGAGAGUAGAUACCAUUCACUGCAAUGCCUGCAAUGUGUAUAUCUCUGCUUUACAUAGUUUAAUUCAGCAACACUUAAAAUCUCCUGAUCAUGUCAAAGCAAAGCAGGUUUAUAAGGAACAAAUAAAAAGAGAAAGUGUCUUGACUGCUACAAGCAUUUUAAAUAAUCCAAUAGUGAAGGCGCGAUAUGAACGUUUUGUUAAGGGUGAGAAUCCUUUUGAAGCUCAAGAUCAUUCUCAGGAUCAGCUAGGAGAUGAGGAGGAAGAAGAAAAGAUCGAUGAACCUAUUGAAGAAGAAGAUGAUGAAGAGGAGGAAGAAGAGGAAGAGGCAGAGGAAGUAGAGGAAGCAGAGGAAGUUGGAGUAGCAGAAGGGGUGAGGGAAGUAGAGGCAGUGGGGGAGAAACAGGAGAAGCAGUGGAGGGAGCUGGGGAAGUGGAGGGGCCUGGAGAAGUCAGGGGAUCAGAGGAAGUGGAGGAUGUAGAGGAAACAAAGGAAGUAGAGGAAGAAGCAAAAGAAGAGCCUAUCAACUUCCCUGCUGACCAACCUGAAGAAAAUUAAAUACGUUAGAUUUCAGUGGAGCUUUAUGUUUCUUUUGUGUUUUAAUGUGGAAAAGAGUAAAAAUUUUAAUAGCUUAAAAUGAGUCACCACCCAUGUUGCAUGCAUUCCACACAUUAAAAUUUGUUUUAUAUAAUUUUUAAAUGUUUGACAUUUGUUUAAUAAAAUAAAACUAGGGCACUUUUAGUUUGGUUUUUAUAGCUAUAACAGAUCUGAAUAAUUGUUUGUAUAAUUUUUAAGCUUACAUUUGAUUAUUGGUGUUAAGGACAACAUGUAUUGUUGGUAUAUCUAUUCUAAUCAUUUGAACUUAAAUGCUGCUCUUGGGAGUAAAUAUUCAAGUGUGCGUUAAUCUUUUGAAUACUUAGCCUAGAAGAGAGAAAUCGGGCGAGUAUUUUGUGCUCUGAGUGUGUAUUUUUUUACUGCAUUGAACAUUGGAUAGUAAUUUGCGUUAAUACGCUUAAAGGCUUUUUGUGACCAUGUUUCCCUUUGUAGCAAUAAAAUGUUUUUUACGAAAA